AUGGAGCAAGACCAGACUCCUAGCGAGAAGCCAGGCCAUCCGCCCGCUCAAGCGAUCCUCCACGAGUUGCAGACUGCCAAAAACAGCGCUGCCCAUUUACUACCCAAGUUGCAGUCUAUAAAGGAAUCCAAUCCCCGUUUGAUGCUCUUAGACGUCGGCGCCGGCUCAGGCACCAUCUCUGUGAGUUUCGCCAAGCUCAUUCCCAGCGGCCACGUUACCAGCAUCAACCUCAGUCCCAACAUCUUGCCACGGGCACGAGCUGUUGCUGAAAUGGCCGGCGUCAAAAACAUCGAGUUUCAGCCGGUCAGUGUCUACAAGCUCCCCUUUGCCGACGAGACAUUCGACAUCACCUUUUGUCAUCAGGUGCUGGUCCACAUUGGCACCCCGUGGGAUGCGCUGCGUGAAAUGCUCCGAGUAACAAAGCGAGGCGGCAUCGUCGCGGCCCGCGAGGGCGACUAUGAGACGGAGUGCGUCUGGCCCAAACUUCCCGAGCUGUGCAAUUUCCAUAAGCUCAUGGCAGGCUUUAUGAGUGCCGGUGGUGGCACUCCAACUGCAGGCCGACAGCUCCUUUCUUGGGCACUCAAGGUUGGUGUCGAGCGGAGUCAGAUUACGCUCGGCUAUAGUACAUCAUCAUACAAUACACCGAGCGAUAGGAAAACCUGCUGUAGGUUUCAGUUUUCCACUCUGCUUCUUGUGGCUGCGAUUAUGGCCCUAAUGGCUGUGUUUUCUCUAGCCCAGGGGUUAUGUGAUCAACUCAGAGGGGGUUCUUUGCGCGAGAAAGCCUUAAAGUUCGGCCUAGGUACUAAGAAUGAUUUUGAAGAAAUGGCCAAGGCUUGGGAGGAGUGGGCGAAGAGAGAUGAUGCAAGCUUGGCCAUGCUGCAUGGAGAAAUUCUUGUCCAAAAGUAA